AUGGCUUUUUCUAAUUGUUCUGCAGUGGAGGAUGAUUGGGCAGAUGCAGAUGUAAUAAAGGAAGUCGUCCGAGAUCUGAUUAAUUAUGUCGUUUAUGAGAUAAGUGGAGACGAUUCAAUUCACUAUCGAAAGAUUUCAUUUGGUACCAUAGGCGAUAGCGGUGAAAUCUCACCGGCAAUUCAUUCCCUGUCAUCUGUUUCCAGAGUUUCAUCAAGUUUUGCAAUGAAUCCAUCGCAUGAUGAAGAAACGGACGAAAACGUUAUACAUAGCAUAGUACGCGGACUGAUACGAGAUAUAUUACUGCAAGAAAAGGAAUUACUAAGGCGAAGUUUAAGGAAGAAGCGACGACAGUUUGUUAAGAUAUCUAAAAUGGAUCAUAGCUCGAGUAUUUGA